AUGGUCGAUAGUUAUGACGAUGGCUAUCCGGGAGAUGAACGCCAACAGCGCCCCGUGUUUCCCCAGGACACUGCGGCCCCGCAAGCAGAGGACGCGGACCAGGAUCACAUUGCUCCCACUCGUAAUGCGGACGUGUGGCUUUCUCUCAACAGCCGACCAGGUGGUUUUCCACUCAAAGACCUUGUCGCUCUUCAUGUCCUGUUGACCAGAACCGGCAUGGCCUCGCUGCUCCUCGAGGGGUCUGGAAGCGCGUAUGACGUCCGCCUGAAGCUGACAAAAGAGGUCCUCACGAUCCAGAAACCAGACGUGGUCUGUGUUGGUGGGAGCAGUCACGGCGCACAUCACAGAACUGUUACGCUUCGCAGACAGCCGGUUGGCGGCUUGGGCCUGAGUAUAAAGGGAGGUGCCGAGCACAGGGUCCCUGUCGUCAUAUCCAGGAUAUUCAGAGGCCAUGCAGCUGACCAGACAGGGAUGUUGUUCGUAGGAGACGCCGUGCUGCAGGUUAACGGCAUUAAUGUAGAGAACUCGACCCACGAAGAAGUGGUGCAUCUUUUGAGAAAUGCCGGUGACGAAGUGACCAUCACUGUUGAGUAUCUCAGGGACGCGCCGUCAUUUCUGAAGCUCCCGUUAGGGUCCCCGGGGCCAGCCAGCGACCACGGCAGCCGAGCCUGUUCUCCACUGUUUGACAGCGGCUUGCAUUUGAACGGCAACCCCAGCAGCACAGCUCCAUCAUCACCUUCCUCGCCUGUAGCUAAUGAACCAAAGUAUGAGAAGCACUGGAUAGACACCCUGUCAGUUCCUCUGUCUAUGGCUCGAAUCUCAAGGUGCAAGGCUGGAGCGGAGAAAUUAAGGUCCGGUGCGUUUGAGGUGCUGGCUCUGGACGGGGUCAGCACGGGGAUCCUGCAGUUUCACACGGCCCAGGAGAGCGCCGACUGGCUGAGAGCAGUGUCCACGAACAUCGGUGACCUGACGCUGCACACAAUGAGAGUGGCGAAUGAGUGCUGUUCCCCAUGUGACCAGGUUGUGCAUAUGGGGUGGGUCAGCGAGAGACUCGAAGGCACCGGCUCCUGCCACACCUUCCGAUCCAAGUUCCUGGCCCUGAAAGGCUCGUCCCUGCAUGUGUUCAGCACUCCUCCGGUGAGCACAUUAGACUGGGUACAAGCAGAAAAAACCUACAACCUCUGUGAGGUACUAUUUAAACUUCACAAGUUGUGGCUCUCAGAGGACUGCUGGCUGCACGCGGACUUGGGCCUGGGGCCGCACGGCCUCGAGGACCCUUGGCCCUACUGCUUUAGCGUCCUGGUCAGCCACGGCCAGAGUCGCGUCUUCAGCGUGGAGCUGGGGAGUGAGCUGGCCACGUGGGAGAGGUCUUUCCAAAGAGCUACUUUCAUGGAAGUUCAGAGAACCGGGGGUGGGGGCCGCUCGAGCCUCUGGGGGAAGGAGGCACCUCAGAUGCCUUCCAGGAGACGCACCAUGACGUCCCGCAGUGCAGGGAGGCUGCGGGCCCUGCUCAUCCGGUGCCCGUCAUAA